UCACCGGUCGCUUCUUUCAAAGAGGGAUACGAUUUUGUCAGGUUCAAUUUUAUUUGCUGUGAAACUACUCAACUAGUAAUCAUGACUAACCAACUUUGCAAGCUUUUUGUCGGAGGGUUAAAUGUUGAGACCACAGACGAUGGACUCCGGCAACAUUUCGAGCAGUACGGCCAGUUAACCGACUGCGUAGUGGUCCAGAAUCAGCAGCUACAGAGGUCCCGCUGCUUCGGCUUUGUAACAUAUUCAAGCGCGGAGGAGGCCGACGCAGCCAUGGCGGCCAGGCCACAUGUCGUCGAUGGUACCAACGUGGAGUUAAAAAGGGCAGUGGCACGCGAAGACGCCGGUAGGCCAGAGGCACUCGCCAAAGUCAAGAAAAUAUUUAUCGGUGGGCUGAAAGACGAUAUCGAAGACGAACAUCUGAAUGAGUAUUUCUCUCAGUUCGGCGCAAUUGAGAAGGCCGAAGUCAUCAGCGACAAACAGACUCUCAAAAAACGGGGAUUCGGCUUUGUCUACUUUGAAGAUAAUGACUCUGCUGAUAAAGCUGUGGUACUGAAGUUUCACAACAUUAAUGGGCACAAAGUGGAGGUGAAGAAGGCUCUCACCAAACAAGAGAUGCAGUCAGCUGGCGGUCGCGGUGGCCGGGGCAGAGGCGGGCGAGGAAUGAGGGGGUCUCAAAAUGGCUAUGACGGUGGAAGAGGUGGCGGCUACGGCAGCUAUGGCGGUGGCUAUGGAGGGAACGAUGGCGGCUACGGCGGAUACGGCAACGGAGGUGGUUACGGUAACCAAGGGGGAUAUGCAGGAGGUUAUGGAGAUCAAAUGGGGGGCAGUUAUGGUGGGAACGGUUACAAUGACUUUGGCGAAGAUUACGGACAGCAGUCCUCCGGUUAUGGUGCAAUGAAAGGGGCUAAUUAUUCAGGCCGGAGCGCUGCACCGUACUCCCGUGGAGGUGCCGGUGGCUAUGGCAGGGGUGGAUAUAGUGGUUAUUAGGUUUCGUUGACCUAAUUUCACUUUAUAAUCUGAAAUGGCCAGAAUCUUAUUAAAUGAACUGAAUUUACACACAAGGGUCGGAGUGCCCCAUUUCUUUGUUGCUAACGUUAACAUUUUUAUAGGACUUGCGCCCCUCACCCACCCUGAUUUACCUCCCCCCAUUAAUAUCCACCCUCCAUCUGGACUACGCCAUUGUCCCUAGGUGGCGCUACUAAAGACAUAAUGGACUUUAUUGCCUGUUAAACUUUCUGACUUGACAAAAUGUAGUUUCGUGAUUCCUUUAAACAUUUUUAGUAUUUAAUUGUAGUUAACGUCGCUGCUUCAAGACUUUCGUAAGAUACUGUAGGUUGUCAUUAGUACCAGCCAGGUUAAUAACAAGACAAAUUGCUUCAGCAACAUGAAACUCAGGGGUAUUAAUGGAGUUCAAAGCAGUCUUUGUGUAUGCUUGAGUGUUUAAUAUUUCGUGACGUAUUAUUUUGAAAUUUCAUGCCCUAUUAUGGUUAUUGUAUUUUUUUAUUUGAUGGUAACCUCCUAAUGCUUUUCUCCGUCCAAAAUGUGCUGUUAAAUACCUUGCAAAUCAAUGCGGUUUUGUGGAAUGUUACUUAAAUCCUGGAUAUUAGUUGGCUAUUGAGCCUUACUCUUGCCUGUAUUAAAGUUUUUAAUGUUUGAAAGCAGU